UGUGUACUAAGAAUUAAUGAUGGUUCUUACAGAACAGUUUGACGAUUGAUGAUGAUUUUAACGAGUGCUUAUUGACAAUUAAUGGCGAUUUUUACGGAAUAAUUGGUGAUUAUAAGACUCGUGACAACGGAGAUAUUACAAACGUAGAUACGUGCAGUACUCGUGAUAAAUCGCGCGGUGUAUCCUCAGGUGUUAAGGGCGUGUUGAUGACUUCGAGCACGUGCAUCAGUGAUCGAGUGUUACAUUGAUUCUUCUUGCGCGCGGAUAAACGUCGGUGUUCCGUCACGUAGCACGCGUAGAUUAAGUAGUUACUUGCGCGGAGAAAUCGAGUGCACUCACGUAAGGCGUUUUAUGUCUCCAUCGUCGGACUGGUCACCUUGCAGGUUUUCCGAAGAAGCGCAUUAUCGCAUGUGGCGGUUAAAUUACAGCAAUUCAGCGACAUACCAGAAAUCCUAGUAAAGUUUGUCAUACCGUUCCGGAUGUACAAAGAAAGAUGACGCAUCUCACAUUGUCUCCGUGGAGGCUGUCACUAGUUCUAACAUUGAUAGCGACAUGCGCAAUCAUAACGGAAUCGUCAAUGAUCAGGGAGAGGAGGCACAUUGAGGACUCUAGUCGAUCGGGCAAGGAACACACGUCCUACAGCCAGGGCACGAAAUCGCCGAGCAGCACGUCGUCCAACAAGAUCACCGCGGAACCCGGAAGAAAAGUGUCUCACCAUCUGAUCGGGGGUCACCUGAAAGUUGAUACAAAGCUCCGUGGAGACGGCGAAUCGCUGUGGGACGAUGGAAUUCUCAUGUCGGCAGCCGGCAGCGGUAAGGAGGGGAAAAGUAAUCGCGGCGGCGACGGUGGUGGCAGCGACGACGAGGACGGGAAAAAAACACUCUCCCAGCAGGUCAAGGAGGGCAAGUACGGUCUCAUACAGAACGAGAUUUACGGCAAUCGCCCGAAACGACCCGGCAUCAUCAGCUACCUCGACAAUCCUGAAGUGCCCAAGGACACGAUCGAUAAUCUGGGUGGCCUCGACGAGGACGAGAUCUGGCUGGCCGAGAACCACGUGCUGGUACUGAGGGGUGGGAAAUUUCCUGAACAUGCACAGGACGGCGGCCAGCAGCAGAGCGGCGAUGGCGAGCAGCCAAAAUGGCCGCCUAUCGAUGAUUACAAGGCGCCCAAACGGCAGGUCAAGAUACCACCGAGGCCGAAGGUACCGCCACCCUUUCCGGUACAACUCACGGAGGGGGGACCGGUACAGAUCAUUGGUCCAAAUGGCACCGUGGAGGAGAUCAGCAACGGCACCUUCGACUACAACACUCUUUACACAAAGGGAUUAUUACCAGGAGAGGAUCCGUUCUUCUCAAUCGCUCCGAACGGCACGGUAUUCACCCCAGAUUUCGGUCUCCCGGGAAACUUCUCCGUCGAGGAGAAAUCGUUUAGGGGUAAAAAUGAUCAGAAGGGAAUAAAACCGGAACUUCCUCAUCCGCCGCCUGGCGCUCUUCCGCCUUUCUAUCACGCCAUACCGCCUGGUGCGAUAUUCGUGCCACCACCAGGUAACCAAUCGGAUUAUGAUGAGGAGGAUCAAUCCAUCUACUAUCCGCCACCAUACAGUUUCUAUUAUCCGCAAGAUAAUACGACAGCUGUGCCGCCGGGCCCCUUGGUGCCCGGCAUCAUACUGCCUCCGCCGCCGGAUUUCUUCUCUGCUCUGGACGACAAGAAAACUACCACAAAGAAAUACACAAAGAGACCGACGACCACAUCCUCGCCGGAAACACGUCCAACGUAUUUGCCACCGAGGAAAUUUACGACUAAACAGAACAAGGCGUCGUCCAUUCCGCCGAGUUUGGUAACCAAGACAAGUACUACUUUAUCGACUUCCACAAAGGUAUCCUUCGGUCGUACAACGGUAAAGAAUGCGACAAACACAUUUAAAUCUAAGAAGAUUACGUCUAAUGUGGAUGUCACAACGUCGACGCCUGGGAAACCGCAUACUCUCGAAAAUACCGAGAUAUAUACUAUCAGCCCCGUAAUCGGAAAUCAGGUAUCCGAGGCGACGACCCAGCAGAAAGACUGGUCCACUCUGGUCACGAGCAAGAUCCCGGUUCUCGCGUAUUACCCGUCGACCACGCAGUCGUCGCUGGAGCGACCGGUGGAAGUCACCCCGGCUUCCAUAAAGACCAUUAUCACCACUAGUCAGCCCGAUCGAUCUGCCAGCCAUGCAUCCUAUUACUUCUAUGAGGAAUCGACCGAUGAGAAUUCGGACGUCACGGAGAAACCGUCGCCAGUUUAUUAUGAAAGCACGACGAAAUCGCCGUACUACAAUGUCGAAACGUCGCGAUCUGAGCAGAAGAAGAACUAUUAUGAGACGAUCCCGCCGGUUGAGACUUCUAAAGAUUACAAGGUGAAGCUCAUUGAUAACAUCGUGAAGAAUUCGCAGACGUACCAGUACACUGACAAUUCGGAGACCACGUCAACGAAAUUCGACACCAGCUCGUCUCGGGAUCAGGGUCAACGUAUGUUAGCCGAUCAAGCGCCCAUUUACUAUCAGCCUGUUCCUGCACGUCCGGUGCAGACGUAUUACACGACUCCCAAGCCACAAACGUACUAUCGACAGACAACGAAGCCUAAACCGGUCUAUCAGUACAGCUUUCAGAUAGCGGAUUACUCAAAACUCGGUAAUCAGAGAUCGCCGUAUCAUAGGGAGCAACAGCAGCAACAGCAGCAGCAAGAUUCAGUAUACAGCGAGUAUCAGGACAUCAAGACUGGUAAUCAGCAAUACGACUACGAAGACAUCGAUUCCCCGUCGCGACAUCAAUCACGGAAACAAGUAUACAAGACGCAACAUCCGGUUUAUUCCACGAGCACGUCCUAUCCGAUCGUAGAUACGACACCCAAUCCGCAAUACGCGUAUUUCACGCAGCAGGACGAGAAGCUAUUGGACGAUGUUACGAAAGAGUAUUUCACGAUCUUUGGUAAGAAAUUACCGGACACGCGGAUAUCGACCACGACUCCGAUCUAUGGGAAAUCGAGCAGCGUCACGGAGAAACCUGAUCAUAAUACGAAUGUCUACGUGCCGAAUGUUUACAAGACCGGUCGACCGGUAACUUACAACACGCUCAACGUCAAAGUGCGAUAUGGAGAUCAGUCGCAGCGACCCUAUUCCCUCAAGGACGACACUCUCGUCAACUAUCGACGGCCCUUGCCGCCGAUUAAUCCGGACAGCGAGUUCGUCGAGAUAAUUGAUCCUAAACAUCGGCCGAAGCAGCCGUCGCAGUUACCGAACUACGAGUUGCAAACGGGAAACUAUCGAUUGCAAAAUCAGGGAGUACAACAGCCGACCCCUCGUUACAGGUUGCGAGGCACGAUACAGCCGGCUAACAGACACACCAACAAUUUCGUGCCUUUCUCCGAGUCUCGGGAGGAGCUGGAGAACGUUCAGGAACCCGUGUCACUGUUGGACGACAUAGAGGUCAACUACAGGAAUCCGCAUCCCCCCAUAAAUCCCGAUGCCGAAUUCAUCGAUCCCAUCACGGUGCAGGACAAUCACUCGAAUAACCCGAACGCGUAUUUCGCGUAUAGACUACCCGGCGAUGUUGGCCACUUUUACUUCCUGACGCCGCAGGCGAUCACGCAACGACAGGACCAGAAUAGUGGAUAUGUCUAUCCGAAGCCCAGGGGGCCGAGAUUACGAAGGCGACCGGGAUAACGUGAAUGCGUGUAUCCAACGGCAGUCGCGCGCAAUGCCAUAAUCUCGCGGAUGUCCAGCGCGCGAAGUGAUCGUGCAUCGCCUGCGUGCGUGUCGGCCGCACACAUACAUACGCGUAUUAUUAAUAUAUUUAUUGUACUUGUAAAUACGAAUUGAUUAAGUUAGAUAAUUAUAGCUACGUUGUUUUACGAUAAACGCGUAAUUUAUUAUGCAACCUGACUCCCCCGUUUUAUAAUAAUAGAUGUGCGAUCGUAUUCGCGUAUGCGAUUUGUAGUAUGCGCCUUCGUUAUCGCAUAUUUGCACAUUAUCUGUGAUUAAUGGGAUACGUGUACAUAUAACAUAAUUACUUAUUGUCUAUUUUAUGUACGCGCUUUGACAGAUUGUAGCGUUCUUUCCCGAAUCUUUUUUCUAAGUUUUUCUCUAUAUGCAGAAUGUGAAGUUGAAUAAAACGUAAAAUAUAUAUGAAACAACAAAUAUUGAUG